AUGAAUCUAUCGCUUGUGGACCCCUUUGUCCUAGCCCAGGACUGCCCUGAGGUUAUCACCGGUCGUCUUCGUGAGUGGACACUGUGGCUAAUCGUUGAGUCAGGUAGCGGCCAUUCUACAUCGAUCCGCUUCAGCCAUCGCGGCGACCUUCUUGCUUCAGGACGGCAUGAUGGGAUUGUUGUCAUUUUCGAUAUUGAAACAAACGGCGUCGCCCGCAAGCUGCGUGGCCACACGCGGCAAAUACAGUCCUUGAGCUGGUCCACCAACGACCGCUACCUCCUGAGCGCGGGUCAGGACUGGAAGGUCGUGCUCUGGGACUUGCAAGAUGGAUCACGCGUGCGCACCGUACGGUUCGAGGCCGGCAUUUUCAUCGCAGAGCUCCAUCCAAAGAACAAUAAUUUGUUCGUCGCUGCGCUUUUUGAAGACCAACCUGUCUUGGUUGACAUAUCCUCUGAGACGCCGGUAAAAUAUUCUUUUGCGUCCGCACCACUUCGAACUCAAACCGAGCGAGACAGUGCGACCGAAAAACAAGCUGUGCAGGAUGCAAAGGUGGUGACGACCUUUACGGCAUUUACACAUUCAGGCGAUCAUAUCAUUGCUGGUACCAACAAGGGAUGGUUGAACAUCGUGGACACGUCGACUCGGGAAAUCACAUAUUCCACGCGACUCACGAAUCACAUCAUCGUGUAUAUUCGGUUAACACCGUCAGGUAGAGAUGUUGUCAUCAACGCGAGCGAUCGUGUCGUGCGGACUCUGCGUCUGCCAGAUCUGAGUGACCCGAAGCUCAAUUUCGAGACCCUCCAACUUGAGGUAGAGCACAAAUUUCAAGACCUGGUGCAGAAGCUUUCAUGGAAUCACGUCUCGUUCAGUCCAACCGGCGAGUACGUGACGGCGUCUACUUGGAUGAAUCACCACAUCUACGUCUGGGAGAGAGGACAGGGAAGCUUGGUCAAGAUUCUGGAAGGAACCAAGGAAGAACUCUCAGCAGUGGAAUGGCAUCCGUUUCGCCCCUUCAUUGCAGCAGUAGGCGUCGACUCCGGCCGUAUCUGGCUCUGGUCCAUCCUCCAACCUCAACGUUGGUCAGCACUUGCACCUGACUUUGUCGAGGUCGAGGAGAACCAUGAGUACGUGGAACAAGAGGACGAGUUCGAUAUUCAACCCUUGGAAGAGAUACAUAAGAGAAGGCUUGACCAGGAAGAUGAAGAAGUUGACGUGCUUACGGUUGAGCCCGUCAAAAUGGCCACUGAGGUCGAUGGCGGAGAUAUCGGAUUCAGAAUGCCGGUACUUCUCGAUGUUGAGGCAAGCGAUAGUGAGGAUGAAGUUGUGGCGGUUGGAGCAGGCCAAUACAGGCGCCGAACAGACAGGGAGUGGGUGAACGACGAUGAGGUUGCCGACACUAUGGGAAAUGGGUCUGCAACCCAGAACGGAACAAAGCGGCGGCGAGGGGGCUAG